GGGUGUGUAUCUGGGUUGACAGAAGCUCUGCAGGCAGUCAGGGCCACUGAGGAGGACUUGAGGUCCAGGGAUGGGACAAAACUUCUGAAAGAAACCAGAAACAUCUUAACCAAUAAAUUUUAAUAGAGACACAGAGGCAAUUUAGGAAAAAUGGUGGCAGAGGAGGUAGUGGUGACUCUUUCAGGAGGUGCACCAUGGGGUUUCCGAUUACAGGGAGGAGCUGAGCACCAGAUGCCCCUCCAAGUGGCAAAGGUGAGAAAGCGCAGUAAGGCAUGCAGGGCAGGGCUCAGAGAGACUGAUGAGCUGGUGUCAAUCAAUGAUGUCUCCUGUGGAACACUGUCUCAUGCUGAAGCUAUGAACCUCAUCGAUAGUGGCAAAGGAACCCUCUACCUGCGAAUCAAAAGGGCCCCAGCUGCCUAUCAAUCAGUGGUGCUUCUGGGUCGAGCCCCCUCCCCUCGUAUCGUUAAGGAGUACCAGGCUGCGUUGAGAACUCUGUCGCCUCCACUUACCUCUAAACCGCCUGGUGUUUAUAGAGCAUUGCUCAUGUCCCCCACUGGUGGGGUAGAGUGCCUUACGUCUCCUCCAGACAGUGAGGCGUACUAUGGAGAGACAGACAGUGACGCUGAUGUGGCAGCAAAAGAGAGGCAGCGAAGACAGAGACGACGAAGCCCAAGUGGCUCACCUGCCAAGUUCCCUAGCCAAGCCUCACCCCAAGAGGAGGAGACUUCAGUAAUGAGUGGCUAUGAGAGCACCCAGGAUGUGUGCAUGUACCCCCCAAAGCAUAUCUGGUCUGUAUCUGAUCUAGAUGGAAUAGGGACUCAGCAACAGCACGCAAUGUCCGGGGUGGCCCGCAGAGAGGUGGUCUACCAGCCCUCGCAUGCUGAGUGGUCGCACCAAGCAGAAAAUUCCUCUGAGAAUUCCGACCAAAGUCCAACAGGAGCUGCUGAAGUGGACAGUGGCUUCCAGGAGCCCCCCACUGUCCCACCUCCUCUGGUAUCUCCAGAACGGUUCAAAGAGGCUCUCAUGCUGGCAUCUCACAGACAGAUGGUACCCAUGGUGGGCCCAGUGGAUAACCCAGUGGAUGAAGAACUUAGUGUCACAUACAUGGACAAGGCCAAGCAAGCUAAGCUUCACAGGGGUGAGAGUUCACAGGAUAAUCAGGUGAAGGAGGCUCGAUCCAAGUGCCGAACCAUUGCCUCACUCUUGACUGACGCUCCUAACCCUCACUCCAAAGGUGUGCUUAUGUUCAAGAAGCGACGGCAGCGUGCCAAAAAGUACACUCUCACUUGUUUUGGCAGUGUAGACGGAGAAAGCUGCAGUAACACAGAGGGAGAAACUGAGGAUGAAAGCUUGUUUCCUGGCAGCGAGUCUGAGCUUGAUGAGGAAGGGUUUUAUGCUGCUCCAGACCCUACCUGGGAUAGUGGUUACCUCGACAUUCUAGACAAGAAAACUUCAGCAUUUAUUGUGCCUGACAGAUAUGUGGAGACCAGCCCAGGCCUGAAUGCAACCUCAGGCAAAGGAGCCCAGCUUUUUGAACAACAAAGGAAAAGAUCAGAAGAACAUACAUCAAAACCUGUUACACCCACCUCCUUCUCCAUGCCACAGCAACAAGGAGACUCAACCCUGACAAAUACCCCAAUCACUCCAGUGACACCCCUAACUUCUCAUAGUACUAGUAUGGUGAACUGGGAACCAUUGGUGGUGAGCAGGACAAGUGUUGUGUUGUCCUCUCCAGGCCAGACGCCCAUGCCAUCCAUGGCAGGAGCAUUACUAGAGCAAGUAGACUCAUCGUCUGCCAGCUCAGUGCACAACAGAACUGCCAGGCCAUUUGCCCCUGGCUGUGUGAACCACAGAGCAGCAACUGCUCCAGUAAACUUCAGGCCCAACACUGCCAAGAAGACUGGAUCCCAGGCUCUGUCUGUGGCAACAAUCCCAGCUCCCUUUUCUCCUGCCGGCUCGGAGAGGAAGAAAGCCAUCUCUACAACAUCUCUUUAUAUCCCUGCCAGACCAGCUACCUUUAAUGGUCCUUCUAUGCUUUCUCCAUCCUCUUUAACUUCAGGUCCAUUUUCUCCUCCCCCUUUAAAUGCCUCACUUUUCUCCCCAACCCAUUCCAGCCCCUCUGCCCCUUUUUCUCCAGCAUCUUCUCAUGUAUCAUCCUUGAAUUCACCUUCUGGUUUGACCCAACCUUAUUCUCAAUCUCAAACACAGGCGAUGCCCCACAGUCCUCCUUACCACAUGGGUUCUUCACAAUACCAGCCACAUCUACCAGUUCAUGUGCCUGCACAGCCCUUCUCUCCCCACUUUGCAAAUGCCCCAGCCCCUAUCUAUUCCCUUGCCCCUGCUCCUGUCCCAGCUCCUACCCCAGCCUUUGUCCAUGCCUAUACUCCUGAAACACUAAAUGUGCAAUCUUCCCCACCCCACCAAGUAUCUUUCAACCCAUACAUCUCUGUGGCAACAACUACCACAGGAACUCUAGAUGCACCAGUGGCCCAGCAGUACCCCCUCUCCAAAACCACUGAUGGCAUCUCUUCUCGAGAGCAGCGGGUUUCAGUACCUGCCACCCGCACUGGCAUCCUGCAGGAGGCCUGUCGUCGUGGAACCAAGAAACCAAUGUUCAAUACACAAGAGGAGAAGAAGCCUCCAUCUUACAACCCUGAACUACUGUCUCUAGUGCAGAACCUGGAUGACAAGUUUCGCUCGGGUGUUGAGGCAGGGUUUGAGUCUGGCCCUGAGGAAGAUUUCCUCAACCUGGGUGCUGAGGCUUGUAACUUCAUGCAGGCACAGAGAAACAAGAUGCCACCACCAGUGACUCCCAAACCAGCUCAUCCAGCUCCUGAGAUUCCCCAGAUGCAAGGUAAAGGGGCAGAGUUGUUUGCACGUAGACAGAGCCGCAUGGACCGCUUUGUGGUGGAUAAACAGCCCAAGUCUCCUGCACAACCUCGUGAUCCUUCACCCACACCCUCCCUCCCAACUAACUGGAAACUCUCUCCAAACAUCCGAGCCCCACCACCCAUUAAUUAUAACCCACUGCUAUCACCAUCAUGCCCCCCAGUGGCCCAGCGUGGCAGCAAGGCCAAUGAUGCCUCAAAAGUUGGGGUUAAAACAGUGUCUGGUCAGCACAAACAGGGCAUAAAGGCUCUUGACUUUGUGAGCAGGCAGCCAUACCAGCUUAAUUCCUCCUUGUUCAGCUAUGGCAGUAGAGUUCCUCAGUCCAACACCACUUAUCAACAGCAGCAGAAUGGUGCCAGCAUGACAGGCACUUCCCUAAACAUGCCAAAGCAGGUCCCUGUUAAAGCAAGCCGUGUGUACGAAAUCAAACGUUUCUCCACACCCACUCCCAUGUCUGCACCUACAGCCCUGACCCCUACUGUAAUUGUCCCUCGCUCUGCCACCACUCUUGGUGAGCCGAUGUGGUGUAGUGAUGUCACUUCUCUGCCUCCUGUUGCUCCACGAUCCGCAGCGCCAUUCUCACCACCACCUCCAGCCCCGACAGCAGCCCUGCCCGCACUCCCCAAAAUGUCAACUGCCCCUGUGCUUAAUUCAGUGCCUAUCACACAACCCUCUCCUAUACAAGCCUACACCCCAUUCCAGGCAGCCAAGCAGUUUAAGAGCGCCCCUGAGCUGAAUCCCCAGUCUGCUGGUAUGCAAUCCUCAUUGUCUGUGAGCAGCCAAAACCCGUGGGUACCCAGACCCCGCUUCAGUACAUCAAGCAUGGGGCUUCAACCGAAUGUGUGGAGGCCUGGUUCCAUCCUUCACUGAGAAUCCACUGUGACAUUUACUACCACCCAAGGGCAAGACCAAUCAAGUGCUUGAGCUUGGUUCUGAUAAAUGAAUACAGAACUACAGUAACAGAAAAACCUCAGUCACAGAGCUGUCAUAUAUUUUGCAUGUUCACAGUUAUAGCACAAGUUUUUUUGCUCACUCAGCUAUACAAAUAUUAAGAAACAGAAUAUGCAACAAUAAUAUAGAUAAUCUCCAUCUGUACAUUUUAUAAAUGUAUAAUUCGAUGCCUUCAAAAUUUUGAGCAAGAUAUUUACUGUUUGUACCACUGUGCGCACAAGUUUGAUUCACUGUUCUAUAUCUGUUUGCGUCUCAUCUGUUUUGCACAAGAUGAACAUGCAUGUUGAACCAACAAAAAAAGUAAUUGUACAUCCACUACUUGUGAGAAGAGCUAUAUAAAAUAAUGGCAUUAAUGUAUGAUAAUGAUCAGUUGUGAUGUUUUAACAUGGGGCCACAAGGAAGUUAAGUGAUAAUGAUCAGUGGUGGUGUUAUUUUGUUACUUGGGGCCACAAAGAAGGAGUGAUAAAGGGUGAGAAAUGGAUGUAUGACAGAAUCCUAUUGUUACAAGAUAGUGGAGGGCAGAAUCAUUUAUGAUUUGCGUACAAGUGUUAUAGAAUGUUCUACAGAGAUGUAUUUCCUAAAGUGACAGAGUCUCAGCAACAAAGAGAUGAAAGAAGUGUACAAAGAAUGUGACAGCAGCUUGAAAUGAAAAAAAAGAAUCCUCACGUGGAGAGAUGGUACAAACCACUCUUUGGUCUACUCAUGCUGUUGAAUCUCUGUCUCCCUCUGCCUUGCCUUAACAUCUUAAAGGGAUAGCUCACCCAAAAAUGAAAGAUUCUCAUCAUUUACUCACCCUCAUGCCAUCUAAGAUGUGUAUGACUUUCUUUCUUCUGCUGAACACAAACUAAGAUUUUUAGAGGAAUAUUACAGCUCUUUUGGUCCAUACAAUGCAAGUGAAUGGUGAUCAUGCCUUUGAAGCUCCAAAAAGGAGAUAAAGUCAGCAUAAACAUAAUCCAUCAGACUCCAGUGGUUUAAUCAAUGUCUUCUGAAGUGAUCCAGUUGGUUUUGGGUGAGAACAGAUCAAAAUAUAACUCCUGGGGGCCUGGGUAGCUCAGUGGUAAAAUACACUGGCUACCACCCCUGGAGUUCGCUAGUUCGCUAGUUCAAAUCCCAGGGUGUGCUGAGUGAUUCCAGCCAGGUCUCCUAAGCAACCAAAUUGGCCCGGUUGCUAGGGAGGGUAGAGUCACAUGGGGUAAUCUCCUCGUGGUCGCUAUAAUGUGGUUUGUUCUCGGUGGGGCGCAUGGUGAAUUGAGCGUGAAGCCUCCACACGCGCUAUGUCUCCGUGGCAACACGCUCAACAAGCCACGUGAUAAAAUGCGCGGGUUGAAUGUCUCAGACGCGGAGGCAACUGGGAUUCGUCCUCCGCCACCCGGACUGAGGCGAAUCCCUAUGCGACCACGAGGACUUAGAGUGCAUUGGGAAUUGGGCAUUCCAAAUUGGGAGAAAAAGGGGAAAAAAAUCCCCCCCCCAAAAAAAAUAUAUAUAACUCCUUUUUCACUGUACAUCUUGCCAUUACAGUCUCUAGGUGCAAUCAUGAUUUCAAGCUCGAUUACACUUCCUAGUACUUGAUGCAUGCGCAGAGAUGGCGCUAUAGGAAGUGUAAUCGAGCUUGAAAUCAUAAUCGUCAAGGAGACUGCUGUCAAGAUAUACAGUGAAAAAGGAGUUAUAUUUUGGAGUGUUCUCACCUAAAUGUCAACUUUAUCAGCUUUUUGAAGCUUCAAAGGCCUGAUCAACAUUCACUAUGGACCUACAGAUAUUUUUCUAAAAAUCUUUGUUUGUGAUGGCAUGAGGGUGAGUAAAUGAUGAGAGACUUUUCAUUUUUGGGUGAACUAACCCUUUAAACUAUCCACCCUGUGGUUGGACUGCAGGCCUCUUUUUGAGAAAAGCAUCGCAUAAAGCCGUUGCUUCUUGUUUGAUGAGGAUUAGAAUGGAUGCUUGAUGCAUGUGCUCAUUUCAUCCACAUAAUGCUGCUUAUGCUGAGGCUGAGUUUGAGUGAGCAUUUAGACAAGCAAGUGAACUCCACCGUGGGGAAUUGUGCUGGGACUUUUUCAUAUAACAGCUUGGAAAAAACACUUUAUGUCAUAUUAUGUAAAUGUGGCAUCUGACCACUUUUCCUGGCGCUUGCUCAUAUUGUGAAUGAUGCUUCUGCCAAACAAGCAUGAAAUCCACUUGAAUCAUUGUGUGAGCUGUUUAACAGCAUUUGUGAAAUUUCCUAGUUGAACUUUGCUUGUUUUUUUGAGAAAUAAAAUCAAUGCACUAUAUAUACAAUAUGCAAUGGUGGGUACCAUUUCUCUUCUAAGGAUAAGAAGGUUGAUCGGAAGUAAAAAUAUACCUUUAAAAAAAAACUAAGGUAAUGACAGAGGCAUUUUGAAAUGUGACCUAUGAAGCAAGAGAUAACAUUUUAAAGCAAAGAUAGAAGGAAAAGUGAGUCAGUGCCUUUUUGACUUUGUGGGCCAUUAAGUAGUGUUUUACACUAAAUGUUCAUUUUCUAAAGUGUGUACUAUUAGGACUGUCAGAAUGUAUGCUAUGCCACUAUUUAGAUUUUUUAAAGUGUUAAUUCUUUAGUAAAGGUGUUUUAUGUUUGCUUUACAUAUUGUGAAAAUGUAAUUAACUAAUUUAAGUUAAUUACACUUACUUUAGUAUUAAUGCUUUGGGAUAGUUGAGGCUUAUAGUGGAAUUAUAUACUUUAGAUGCAAAUGGUUGAAUGUGAGAAAAGUACAAUGGGUUUCUGGAUUCUUGGGUGUGGAAAGAUGAGAACUAAUUUGUACUGUCUGAGACAUUAAUAUAGAGCAAUUAAAAUAAAUGUAAAAAUG